UCUAGUCGUAGGGCACUGAACCUCCACACCGGUGACUUAUUCGGGGGCUUGUGCGGAUAUGGCGAAGUCUGUUGGUGGACGCCGGUCGAAGCGGGGGAGUAACGCCGUUCAAUUACCGCCUAUUACUCCACCUUCAGCCGGUUCCCGUAGGCGUGCGUUCGGGUCGCGACUCUUCAAGCGCCGGUCACGGCGGCGUGUUCCGGCGGCAGGGGGACGGGGCGAUGUUGACAGGUCGGCGUCAGGGGUGGCGGCCAGAGUUGCUGCACGGAGGAGAUCGGCGCUACGUUCAGGCUGUGAUGACCACCAGGUAAUCCUGGUGAGUGGAGAUGAAAGCGGGACGGAUGAUGAGUUCCAUACCCCGCCGCUGGUGUUGGAUGGGGGCGAUGCGCGUGAGGUAAUGCGCGUGCAACGAUUGCCGACGGCCCAGAUCAAUACGCGGGGGGCGCCGAAGGGUCUUGUAAACCUCGUGCAAGGGUUGACUCAGAGGCAGAAGGACGAUGUUGUGAGCAUUGGGCUUGGUGCGCUUUUAGGACUACAGAUUACGGAGGUCCCGCUCCAGUUGGGGCAUUGGUUGGUCGUAAAUUUUGACCCGUCUACAAUGAGGAUUAAUCUGGGGGCUGGUCGCUACAUUGCGGUCACCAAGGAGGAUGUCGCUGUGGUCCUUGGCAUGCCGGCUGGACCAAUACCAAUUGUAGAACGAGAUAGUCAACUGGUUAGCCCGGAGUUGCGAGCCUGGAGGGAUGAGGUAAACCAACGUAGGGGGAGGGUCACGGUUAAAGCAUUGUGUGAACGGAUGCAACAGUUGGAAGACGGGGGCAUGUGGUUCAAAUUGCAUUUCAGUAUUGUGGUGGUUACGACACUGGUUGCAAGCACUCCGAAUGGGUAUGCAAACCAGAAAAUUGUUCACAUGUUAAGCAAUGUGGACAGAAUUAAAGACCUGGACUGGUGUGGGUAUUUGAUUCAAUCGCUAGUUAGCACCCACCGGAGCUGGACUGAGGAUUCGAGUCGCAAAUUCAUUGGCCCACUUCUCUUUUUGUCUCUAUUGUAUUUGGAUAGAGUUGCGGUGGGCAUGCGUGAGGUACCAAGGACAGUCCCGUUGGUGGCGGUGUGGACCACUGAUUUCAUCAAGGCGCGUGAGUGGAGUGAGCUAACUUCAGGGGGCUUUGGGCAGGGUCAACUGGAUGCACCUCUCCGGGCAUCCGGUAAUAACAUGGGGUUUGCCACCGAGUUCGCAGUAGCCGCCGGUGAGUUGCGCUCGUGGGUUGCACGGGUGGUGGGUCUGAUUUCUCAGCAUCCAAGCACAGCUCGGGAAGACUGCACUUUCCAAAUUGUGGUGGAGUCAAACAAACUGCUGGAUGGGGUUGUUAACACUUCAGUCAAUGCAACCGUGCCUGCAUCCUCGCCGCCUGCCCCUUCAGGAGGUCGCAAUGAAGAAACAAUGUGGAAUGAUGAGGAGUUCAUACGGGAGCUCGACCAGGCCGUGCUGGUGGCUACUGGGACAGGUGGCAUGUCUGAUUUGCCGACCGGCCGAGGUGUUAACAACGGUGCCCGGACGAACAUUGCUGCACCAUCUCGGCAGGUAGGCUAUGUGUGUGGUACUAAAAUUCCUUUGAACCCAUAUCAACAACUGGGUUUAUUAAAUGUUUAGUUGAUUCGUGGUGUUGAAUAAUUUGUGAUAUUUAACAUGGAAAGUUAGUUUGUUAUAUUAUGUGAGUAGGUAUGUGCGUUUAGAUGUUUAGGAAUCCUUGAAUAUGUGUUAAGGUGUUUUUAUGGUGGUUUAAAAGGAAUAAUUGUACGCAAUCUGAUGGUUGCCUGAUAAAAUUCAG